AUGGACCAGCCGCAAGCGGCGGAACCUCUCAAGAAUCGCGUCGCCUCCUCCAAGAGUCCCUAUGUCUCGGCGCAGGCUACUAGCCCUGUCGCCUGGCAAUUGCUAGACGAUGAAGCAAUUUCCAGGGCCAAGGCCGAAAACAAGAUGGUAUUCCUGAAUAUCGUCUGCCGUUUGAUGAUGGCCGAAACAUUUGCCCACCCCCGAUGUGCUGAGAUGCUCAACUCGUACUUCAUCCCCGUCAUAGUUGAUCGAGAGGAACAUCCCGAUGUGGACACCAUUUACAUGAAUUAUGUCCAAGCUGUCAACGGCGCUGGCGGUUGGCCUUUGAACCUGUUCCUGACCCCCGAGCUCGCCCCCGUAUUCGGAGGCACUUAUUGGCCCGGCCCGAGCCCCAGCGCCGACCCCAGCAGCAGUAUAGAGACAACCGAAGGAGAGGAGCUAGACUUCCUUCUCAUUCUGAAAAAGCUAAGAAAGGUGUGGUUGGAGCAGGAGACGAGGUGCCGUACCGAGGCCAAGGAUGUUCUCGCCCAGCUUCGCGAAUUUGCUGCCGAAGGCACCCUCGGCCGAACCUUUGAUCAUCGAGGCUCGUUUCCAGCCAUCCUCGCCCCUCCAAGUGCCGCGCUUGACAUGCACGUGGAGGCCGCCAUUGCCACCUCAUUGCAGCCGGACGAUGCGACCGAACUCGACUUGGACCAGCUAGAGGAGGCAUACAGGCACAUUGCCGGCACCUUUGACCCUAUCUACGGCGGUUUCGGAAUCGCGCCCAAGUUCCCCACUCCGGCGAAGCUAUCCUUCUUGCUUCGACUAUCCGAGCUGCUGCCUGAAGUCCAAGACGUAGUCGGCUCGACCCAAUGCGCCCACGCCCGCGAGAUGGCCCUGUUCACCCUCCGCAAGAUUCGCGACGGCGCCUUGCGCGACCACGUGGGCGGCCAAGGCCUCGCCCGCUACUCGGUGACGUCGGACUGGAGCAUCCCCCACUUUGAAAAGCUAGUCGUGGACAAUGCGCUUCUGCUCUCCGUCUACCUGGACGCCUGGAUCAGCAGCGGCUCUUCUCGCCAAGACGAAUUCUACGACAUCGUCAUCGAACUCGCCGACUAUCUGUCAAGCGCCCCGAUCCGCCUACCCGAGGGAGGGUUCGCGUCGAGCGAAGCCGCAGAUACAUACUACAGGCACGGGGACACCCAUCUCCGGGAUGGAGCUUACCAGCUGUGGACUAAACGAGAGUUUGACUCGGUGAUUGGUAAUAGCGAAGAAAGCGCCGUUGCCGCCGCGCACUGGGGCGUUCUCGAGCACGGAAAUGUGGAACCUGACCAGGAUCCCCACGAUGAGUUUAUGAACCGGAAUGUUCUCCGCAUCGUGAAAGACGUGCCGGACCUGGCCAAGCAGUUCAAGCUCUCAGUCGCCGAAGUCAAGGCCAUCAUUCAAAAUGCCAAGGCGAAGCUCAAGGCCCAACGGGAAAAGGAGCGCGUUCGGCCCUCUAUCGAUGACAAAGUGAUUGCGUCCUGGAACGGACUUGUCAUUUCUUCGUUGUCCAGGGCCGCGAGCAGCCUGCAAUACGUCGACGGCGAUAUACCGUGGCGGCAGGGGAAUACCAAGGGUCUUGCCGAGGACUACGCCUACCUUAUCGAGGGCCUUCUUGACCUCUACUUGGCGACCCUGGAAGAGGAGUGGCUAAGAUGGGCCGAUGAACUACAAAAGAUCCAACUCGUCCUCUUUUACGACGCCCCCAAGGUGGACGAAAAUGCGACCACGCUGAACCCCUCGUCACAGGUACCUUGCGGCGCCUUCUACUCUACCGAAGCCGAUUCCCCACAGGCCAUCCUGCGACUCAAGGACGGCAUGGACACCUCGCUCCUCCAUCAACGCCACCAGCGUCUCCAACCUGAGUCAGUCAGCGCCUUUGAAGCAGAAAUCUUGCAGUACCCUUGGCUCUUCUUGGGUCUCCUGACCGGAAUCGUGAACCUGCGCUUGGGCGGCCCCAAUUUUGUCGUUGUUCGACAAAACCAGGGCGCGGCGGAGCUCGCUUCGGACAGCAUCAGCUUCGACACGUUUUUCAAGGCCAUCUACAACUCGCCAAGCGGCGGUCUCAAAGCCAUUUCGGUAAUCAGCGGCAAGGACUCAUGGGUCCUGAACCAAAACCCUGCUCUCAAGGAGUUGGCAGAGGGCAAGGACGGCAUCUACUGCCUAGAGAAUGGCAAAUUCAGGGCUUUUAAUUCCAAGGAUUUGGGCUCUUUUACUCGGCAGAGCUAA